AGACUUAGUGGUGUUUUUUUAUUUGUGAGAAAGAUAGUCAUAACUUUAAUUGAAUUCCUGAUAAAAAGAUUCGUUUUUUAAGAAAUUGGAUGGGGAAAUCCUCUGUUUUCCUUUCUCAGUCCGAAUUGGCAGAGCAGAACUUCCCUUGAACAGGACUGGAUAGCUUGCACUGCGGAUUUGGUGGAUUUCUAGUGAAACAUAAUCUGUUCAUACAAUUUUGCUGUGAUUUGAUCUUGACUGGAUGACGUAAGAACCAUGGCAAAGAACAUGAGGGUUUUGUGUCUGCAUUGAAGACUUGUAGAAGAAAAACUUGAAGUACCAAAAGCGUGAGAUUUAUUUUGCUCUUUCUUUUUUAAAAACUGUCAAACAAGACUUGAAAUUUGUUACAACAUAGGCUCUGUAUAGUAAUCGUGUUGCAGCACGAUGAACAUGUCAGAGCAGGAUCUGAACACCUUUGAGGUGGAAAACCUGCCCUGGUACCACCCAACCCUGAGCCGACACACAGCGGAGAGCAUGCUCAUGCAGAAUGGCACUGAUGGUACCUACCUGCUGCGGCCGAGCUCAAAAGGUCAAGGUGAGUAUGCCCUCAGCGUCAAGUGUGAGCAGGCAGUGAAACAUUUCAACAUAGUUUGGACAGGCAGCCAGAUCAGGUUUGGCCAGUGCCAAUUUAACUCAGCCGCCGAUUUUGUUGAGCACUUCAAGAACAAACCACUGCUGUGUGGUGAGUCAGGCCAAGUAGUCCUGCUGAAGAUCCCCUACCCACGGGACAUUUCAGAGCCUGACAUGUACGAAUGUGUCACUGUACAUGCUGAGUUUAGCACUGCCAACGAGCCAGAGCGGAACAAUAUGGACUUCUCAGUCAAUUCCAAAGAGGGAUUUCUCACCAAACUAGGACGUCAUUUUAAAACGUGGCGGACCCGCUGGUUUGUACUUCAGCGCAACGAACUUAAGUACUUCAAGCAGAAGUUCAGCAAGACUCCCAUCCGAGUUCUUGAUUUAAAUGAGUGCAGAGAAUGCUGUCAGGAUUUUUCCCAAAAAGACAAGAGCUGUGUGAUUCGUCUGGACAUGGGGUGGCGUGUAUUUCUUUUGUACUCUGUAUCAGAUCAGGAUAUGGAGGACUGGAUCAAACGGAUUAAUUGGCGACUCAAGGCAAACCGCACCCGCAGCAGCAUCAACUCUGGCCACUCCGGCACUUCCUGAGUGCUUCACAGGUCUGCUUCAAUCAAUCACCUUGUUGCCUCCUAGAUUUUUAAAGAGUGAAAUCAUAAUAAUAUGUAGUAUUACUCAGAGGAUUGUGAUCACAGUUCAGUAUAUAUGUGGCGUGCCUACCCCUCUCCCUUGUCUCCCCCAUAAACAGUGUCUGAUCUCUUGACAAGAACUGACACUGACAGCAUUGGAGAGCAAAGAUUUUCCACUUUAAAUCUUCAGCCGUCCUCAUGCACCUUCAUCUUUGGUUUCUGCCUGAAUUUUACUUUUUUUCUUGACUUGUUUCUUGAGCCGCAGUGAGAGGGCUUUCAUUCAUCUAUUAUUUUUUUCCAUUUUCACCAUUGCAACAUAUUUUGCACAACAUCAUUUUCAACAGGCGUUUGGAACAAGCUAUGAUUCAAUUAUAAACGUGACUCGUACCAAACUGCCCUUCUUUAACCUCUUUCUUGUUUGCCAUAUCUUUUUCCUAAAGAUUUUUCUCUCUACCAAAGUAGCGUGUGGAUUUCUUUGCUUGCACCUGUCUGUGUUUGUACAAUUACUUUGCUGAUAUUGUUGUAAAAGUAUACUUCAAAAUGUACUGUUACACCCUUAAAAAUUUAUUUUUGAAUUUUAUGUUUUUCUGUACUGGUUUCUGAAUAUGUGAUUUAAUGAAUCAUUAAUAUAAUGAAUUCAGAGUGAAUGUAAUGUGAUGUUUUGAUAAAGCAUGUAUUAUCUCCCAGCAAUAAGGAAUUUUAUUUUUCAAAAUAUGUUUAGUUGUUGGUGCUGGUGUGAGCAUUAAAAUAAUUGACCUGUGCAGGGACAGAGUAGGUCAGGCCAUCUCGUUUAUUUAGGGAAUUUUUGAAGAGGGGAGAGGAGGGGGAGGGGGGAUUGGGAGUUGAAUAGUGCUGUGGUGCCUCAAGUCAAAAAGAGUAGAGUCAAGCGCCUGAUAUGCUCUACUUUUCAAGUAGAUUUUGUUUCCAUAGUCUGGAUUUAUGCUAACAUUUAUAAUGAUUCCUGUUACUUCUGAAGUCUGUAUGGUUUUAGUGACUGAGCUAGGUGCAGGCUGUGUUUAUUAAGUUGUUCUUUGACAGUAGUUCGGUUUGUUAUAGUCACACUUUUUGAAAACCGCCAAUCAUACAGUUGAUGGGAUUAACCGGGGGCCUCUCCGGGCUUGAUCGGGAUGCUCUUUUUCUCCAUAUUAAUAAUGUUAAUAAUAUAUAUAUAUAUAUAUAUAUGCAUGGCAUAGAUCCAGUAGAGUUGGCUUUUAAAACGGAAAUUUGCAGGACCAUGGAAUUUUCUUCAGUUUUACUGGGUUUUGGGUUCAGAGAGGUUGCAGAAAUAAGAAGACAAAUUAAGGAUUUUCUUUUCUUUUUGGUUCCUGCUGUUUUCGGAAUAACUGUGUGAUCAGUUUUUAAUCAGACUUCACAGACACGCUCACACAUUUUGGACAUUAGUCACUUCACAUUUUCUCUCAGUAUAUUGGCCCGUCUUCCAAACUGUGCACACGAUACCUUCUUUAAAUCUUUCCUCUGUGAACAAACCCCAGGACGUCCACUAUCUCAGGCAGUUUUGAAAAGUCCUGUUUACUGGUGGUUGAGGGAUGCGAAGGACUUGAAGACCCCACAUCUUUGUUAUCCCUUGUUGUUUCAAUCUGGGUUUUUUAAAUUUUUUUAUUAAUUUUUUUCUUGACAGGGAAUUAAUAUUAUUGCACCGAUACAAUAAGAAUGUAUAAUGUCUUUCUCAAACUCAAGGUUUCUGUAGAAUUAAAAUAUUUGUUGGUUCGUCUUUAACAUCUUUUCUCAAAAUCGACCUGAUGAUAGCUAAAGGGCGCCAAUGGUGGCUCCAACUUCCCCAACUGACCUUGUUUAAGUUCUGGGUCCAUCAAGUUUAAUGACAGGAUGUCGUGUCGACGUACUUUUAUGUAUGUACGGAAAUGGCAUGGGAUUGUGUGUUUUACUAAUUCGUGUUGAGAGUUGCUUAAAGAAUUCCCCUACUGGACGCUUCCCCUCCCCUCUGCUCAAAAAAAUAUAUAAUUUUUUAUUGAGUUAUAGUAUGAAAACACAAGAACUAGGCUCCAUGUUCUGAUCACAGUUUAAAAAAACACCAAAGUCUGAAAGUCUUUUAUAUGUGUUAAGCUCACAGUCUUCGGUGUAGGAUCUAGCAUGUUUGUUCUUAAAAGUAAGCAAUACCGUGUACAAACUUGUUAAGGUGGCAGUUGUAGUUGUAGUAUCUGUGACGUCAACGACACGACAGAUGGGGAUUGAUUAAGUCUAGAACAUUUCCUGAUUUGGGGGAGGGGGUAAAUGAGUAAAUGGUGAUAGCUGUAGUAUUGCGCUCGCUUGAGGAGCGGAGGUGUUGAAUUUGGUUCUUGCUGAUAGAUGUGUGAGAACUUGUGUACAGCAAACGAGACGUCUCAGCUCGUUUCAUGUAGGCCCACCACAGAGGUCAUUGACCGAUGGCCGUGAAAGCUAGAUGUGACGUUUCCUUAUUUAAAUGAAUGUUUUACACCCCCAUCCACAGCAUUUUAGGUCAUUGAGGAGGAGGGAGCCGACUGAUUUGUGCCUGUCUGUCAGGAGCAACCGUUUUACGUGGGGUUGUGUAUCCCAGCAGAAAAACGAAAAUGUACGAGAUACCCGAUAAAAUAUUUUCCCCACUAAUUUUUGGGGAUUACGCUCCGGUCAUGUGUUUGCAAGGCGAAUAGACUAACCAUUUCAGCCGAGACGUCGGUCUCCAGACACAAUAAGUGUCCAGCGAAGCAGAAACAAGUGCAAUGCAAAUUUUGACAAUAGCAAAGAU